CAGCGCGGCUGCUUUGAGGGCGCGGGAGCGGUACGGAGUGGGGACGAGGGCAGGCAAGAGGGUGGGAAAACCGGCGAGAGAGGAGGGCGGUGCCGGAGAAGGGCGGCGCGUGGCUGACUCAUCCCUCUGGAAGAUCAGACUGACAGACACAAACCCUUGCCGAAACCGCCCGCCCGCUCUGCUCCUCCUCGGCCGGGAGGCGCCCGCCCGCACCACCCGCCUGCCUUCUCCGUGAGCGCUCUCCCGGCCCGGCCGCCUCUGAGAAAGUUUUUGUCGUCGGGAGGGACCGGAGGCGCUGUGGGCCUUUGGGAAGGGAAGAGAGACGGAAGAAGAGGCUACAGUCGCGCGGGCCCGAGGAGUGCAUGGUGCCCGGCGUCUCGGCUGCCUGUCAAGAGGACAUCGGGGCGGGGUCGGGCUGAGCCCGGCUUCUUCUUCCCGCAGCCUCGCCAGAAAUCUCCCUCCCGGGCUGCCGCGGGGGUCCCCGCUCCUCAGCCCGCCAUGUCCCGGCUGCUGCCGCUGCUGAGGAGCCGGACCGCGCGCAGCCUGAGGCCGGGCCCGGCCGCCGCCGCGCCUCGGCCGCCGUCCUGGUGCUGCUGCGGGCGGGGGCUGCUGGCUCUCGCGGCCCCGGGCGGCCCCCGGGCGCUGGGCACCCACCCCAAGAAGGAGCCCAUGGAGGCGCUGAACACGGCACAGGGCGCUCGCGACUUCAUCUACAGCCUGCACUCCACCGAGAGGAGCUGCCUGCUCAAGGAGCUACACCGCUUCGAGUCCAUUGCCAUCGCUCAAGGUAUUUCAAGAUGUUCCAGUCAACUGACAAGGACUCCUCACAGUGUCAGAACUGUAGUGAUGAUGAGAGUAAUGCAACUAGCAAAUAGUUCUGAAAAAUUGGAAGCUGCACCACCUACCCCAGGACAGCUGAGAUAUGUAUUCAUCCACAAUGCGAUACCUUUCAUAGGGUUUGGCUUUUUGGAUAAUGCAAUUAUGAUUGUUGCAGGAACCCAUAUUGAGUUGUCUAUUGGAAUUAUUUUGGGAAUUUCAACUAUGGCAGCUGCUGCUUUGGGAAAUCUUGUGUCAGAUUUAGCAGGUCUUGGACUUGCAGGCUACGUUGAAGCUUUGGCUUCCAGGUUAGGCCUGUCAAUUCCUGAUCUCACACCAAAGCAAGUUGACAUGUGGCAAACACGUGUUAGUACACAUUUGGGCAAAGCUGUUGGGGUGACUAUUGGCUGCAUUCUAGGAAUGUUCCCUUUGAUUUUCUUUGGAGGAAGUGAAGAAGAUGAAAAACUGGAAAAGAAAAAUCAACUCUCUUAGAAUACCUAUAAAAAUGUAAACUAAUGUACCUCAAUUAUUAAAUAUGCUGUCACAACAUUUAGGAAUUAAGACAGUAACAGUGUAAUAGAUAUGGGAUCAAAUAAUUCAGCAUGUAUUCUGGAAAACACUAACUUAUUGUGGCUUGGUUUUCUUAGGAUCUUUUUAAAAAACUUUUGUGUAAAUUGUUGAAAUGCUUUUUCAUCAAUGGCAGUCAACAUUUUACCUUUUAUUUUUCUUUCUUUCUAUACCAAAAUACCAUUUAAGUAGAAGUCAUUGAUGUACUGUGCUGACUUGGGGUUUGGCUGUUUGUUGCUCACCACGUGUACGUGCAUGGAAGCCUUUCCUGUUGUUGUUGACGUUCCCUGUAGUUACGAUUCAACCUUAAGAUUUUUUCCAAAUUACUUAGGGUGUUUAAUAUCAGUUAAAGAUUUUUUUUUAACUCUUUUUUUGGCAACAUCAAUUUUGUACUGUUUCACAGUAAACAUUUACAAUCAUAUAAUUUUAAUCAUUUUUAAAAAAGCUUUUACAUCUAUUCAAAAUGGACAGAGACGUUAAGUAUUUUAUGUGGCUAUCACUCACUUUAAUUUUCUGACCUUACUGUCUCAAGAGCCAGAUAUUAAUCAGAAUGAAUGAUUUUUUGGUCUCCCUAUUACAUAAAACUAUGUAUGUUAACAAGUAUAUUAUCUUGAGUUUUUUUUUUACUUUUAAUUUCUCAAACUUGAAUAAUUACUCAGUGGUUUCUGACUCUUAAGGGAAAGAAAAUGACUAUUUUAGGGAAUUUUUAAUGGGGAUUGUAGAAUUAAGGUGAACUAAGUAGUUUGACAUGACGUUUGGAUAAUUAAGAGGCUAAAGAAUUUUUUUCACAGAAGUAGAAAAUGGUAACUGUUAAGAAGUUUUAUAGUAUAAGUGGUGAAGUUGAGGUGUGUUUGUAAGGUUGAUCAGAUACAAACUAUAUUGUUUGGGAAGAAUUUAUUUUUUCCCCUAAAAAUGGCUUCUCAUCUGAAUUGAAUGAGUUUGAGUACUCAUAAUCCUGAUGUUGUUAUAUGUUGUUUGGCGAAUUUAAUUUCUGAAUAACUUCUUUUGAGGUGAAAAAUAAAUAUUUUAUAUUUUGCUAUUUGCUAUAUAUAGCCUAGUAGUCAAAAGUUACAUGAAGAGAAACCCUUUCUCCCUUCUUGGUCCUUUUGUGUUUUUGUUGUGUUUAAAUCGUAUUCUAGAUUGAAGUUACUUAUUUUUAAUCUUAUAUAUCUGACUUAAGUAUAGAUGUGAAUCAUAAAUUUUAAUUCUGUGAACCCUUAAAGUUUGUUAGCAUGUGAUCUGUUACACGUGCCAAAAAAUUACUCUUAAUUGUAAGAGUAAUUAAAUACAUCAUGGAGGAGAAAAACAAAUUAAAAUUACUAUUUGGGCCACUGAAAUUAUGUAUUUUGCUAAAUAGAUGUAAAAGAAGGGAAACAUAAAAUGGCUGUAUUUACAGCUACCUUAUUUUAAAGUUUUAUUUGCACAUAUUUACUUUGAGCUCUUAUUUUCAGAGGAGCUAUUUUUUUCUCACAGCAGUUUGUCCUGAAUUCUCUUCUGUGCACUUCAAAAUAAUUUAAUGCUAUUCUUUAAUCAUAGAUUUAUGAGGGAAAAAUAAAUCAUACAAUAUAAAAAUAAAUAUAUAACAUUCUUAUUAUAUACAAAUAAUAUAACAUCUCUGAUCAAAUUAGAAUGAUAAAACUUGACAUCUUAAAUUGAAUUGUGGUUUAUAUCUUCUACAUAAUAGCACAGACACAUCAAAAAUUUUUUAUUAUUUCAGAUGAUAGGAUUAGAGUGGUUAUUUAAAAAAAAAAUUUUUUUGGAAAUGUUUAAGUGCUUUUGUCCCUAACUUGUAUUGCCAUUCUUUCUGUUUUCUAAGAACGUUUUUAUUGUGGUGCUUACAUUUUCUUUUUAUUAAUUAAAUCCCAUAUUCAGAAAACUUGCCUGUGAGUUUAGAAAGGGCUUUUGAUUAUUGUUUCUUUUUCUUUGCUCUUGAAAAUAACACAGUCCUACGGAAUCUCUUAGUUUAGCUGGGCAUCUGUAGACUUAUUUAAGGUGUAAACACAUGGAGUAUAUAACCUUUAUAUUGAAAAGCAUUUUAAUUUAUGGACAUGAUAAAAAUUUACAAUAUUCAGUUAAUUAGUUUUAAAAAAAUGGAGCCCUUUUGUCCUUAAUCUAAGGUAUGCAUUUUUUUAAGAUCUUAUUCUACACUAGUAUGGUGCUUUGCACAAAGUGACUUCUGAAAAAUGGUUCCCUUUAAGAUAAUGACUUCUUGUAAUCGUUGUUUCAUAUUCCUUGUCACGAAGAACCUUAUUGCAGAUUGAAACUGGAAUUCUUAUUUCUCCUAUUAGCUAUUUCUAUAUUGGGAGCACUAUAGCUAUGGUUAAAUGCAACAUGAGCUGUGUCAGUACUGUUCGUUUAAAAUUCAUAUUGUCUAUGUAUUAUGAUUUACAGACUUGUUGAUGCAUGUAAAUUGGGUGCAUUUUGUUGCCACUGUAUGUUAAAUGGUGACCAAUGUUUUUACAGAGGAACUGAACAAAAAAAAUAUCUUUUAAGAAAUUUUGGAAUGUGGUUUUGAUUUUAAAAUUUAAUUUUCUUCCUAAUCUCAGAAAACCCUGGUUAUUCUGUAGCUUAAGGAGAUAGGAUUGAUAAAUGCAGAUUUGUUACAGGAUUGUAGCAAUGUCACUGAAACAGUCAAAUGGAACUACUCACCACUUCCCUGAAGUCCACACUUGAUAAUAUGACGUUACAGAUUAUGAGAGAAGAGUGAUCCCAUAUUGAGAGAAUUUGACCUUUAAUAGGAUGUCAAAAAAACUUUAGAUGGGAAAAUUGGUGUAAAUUACAGUGACGGUAUUUACAGCAGAGAUAUCCAGGUCUUCUAUAUAAUAACACCUCAUUUACUUUACUCCCUUUCUCUAGAAGAUACAUUUCAAAAUUUAUCUUUUACAUCAAAUUUUUGUGUAAACCAUUUUGAAGUAAAUCUUCCUAAUUUUCGGAUUAUAUUUUCUUUCUAUCAUAAAAGAGUGUAUUAAAGGUAAUAGAAUGUAAUCUUUUUCUUAGUGGCUAAGCGCCUCUAUGGACAUUAUUAUUGUGCUGUAAUGCAGUACCUCCAGAAUCUGUUUUUUUUUUUUUUUAAUAGUUUUCAUUUUCUUCCCAUUUUUUUGCUGCUCUCUCUUCUGGCAGUUGUUCUCUCUAAUUUGCUGCUUCUUUGCUGUGUAGACUUAGAAACUAGAUAGUUUCUUAUAUUAUUUGGGAAAUAUUAGUAACUAGGCUAUGGAACCUGAGUAAAAUGGUGAUGGUGAUGAUGAGCAUAAUGUUAGCUCCCUUUUAUUAAGCAUUUAUUUGUUGCUAUGUACUGUAGUAUUUUACACACAUUGUCAUAUUUAAUCACUUUUAAUAACAAUGUUAAGUUGGUGCUGUUAUUAUUCCUAUUUCAUGUUGGGUGAAUUGAGACAUGGAGAGGUUCGUUUGCCCACAGAGUCGCUACUCAUAAGUGGAUAGAAUCUAGCUUUGUCCAAGUGUGAAGUCUGUGUCCUUAACUACUUAUCAUUGCAGUCAGGACAUAUAUAUAUGUAAAAAAAAAAAAAAUAUAUAUAUAUAUAUAUAUAUAUUCUCUGUUUAGGGCCCUUUUUAAAACCUAUUUGUGGAAUUAUUUUUCUCACUUAUAACUUAAGGGAAUUUUACUUAAAAUCUCAAAGCCCAUUUAACAAUCCUGUGUUUUUGGUUGUGUAUUAUGUGCUAGGAACUGUUCAAGGCACUGAAAAAACAGCCCGAGCAUCCCUAUCCUCAUGAAGCUUAUUCUGUGGGAGGCGUAAGUAGGGGAGGAGAGUACAGGGAAGCCAAUAUACACUUAAACAGGUGGUGAUAAGUACAAUACAGAUCAAUGAAACAAGGGGGUUAGAAGGUACUGGUGGUCAAUGUAAGGGGGUGGGGAGGUGUGGUUAUUUUAAUAUAGGGCAGUCAGGGAAGACCUGAAUGAAGUGAGAGCAUAAACAUCAUAUCUAGGAAGAGAAGGUACCAUGCUAGGUUCCAGAAAGUUGAUGUUAAGAAAAUCUCCAACAUAUGAAAUACAUUUCACUGGAAAGCAUUGUAAGAUAUUUUCUUGUUUGUUUUGUAUUAUUCAUGUUUUCUGGAUUAAGCCCAAAUAUUAAUAUUUAAAUAUUAAAAUGAAUACUAUUGCA